AAAAGGAUGUAAUCUCGCGGGAUUUUCUGCGCAAUGCAAAGAGGUAGCUCCUUCAAGUACCUGCUCGCCACCGAUCGCUAGAAUGGUGUCCUGUCAAGGCAAGCCGGUGGCGAUUAUUUUCGGAGCCCUGAUGCUUCAUUUGGUGUCGGCUCAGAACGCGGGGUUUGUGAAGUCGCCCCUGUCGGAGACUAAGCUGACGGGGGACACGUUCGAGCUGUACUGUGACGUGGUGGGCAGCCCCACGCCGGAGAUCCAGUGGUGGUACGCCGAGGUGAACCGGGCCGACUCGUUCCGCCAGCUGUGGGACGGUGCCCGCAAGAACCGCGUGUCCAUCAACACGGCGUACGCCACCAACGCCGUUAGCGUGCUCGCCGUCACGUACGUCAGCCUCGACGACUCGGGGACGUACGAGUGUCGCGCUAGUAACGACCCGCGCCGCAACGACCUGCGACAGAACCCGUCCAGCACCUGGAUCAGAGCCCAGGCCACCGUCACGGUUCUGCAGAAGCCCACCAUCGAGGCGUCGGAGCCCCUGACUCUGCAGAGGGAGACGCACAGCCCGCCCAUCACGCUGCAGUGCAACCUGACGUCCACACACAACACACACCGCGACAGCUACUGGAUGAAGAACGGCGAGGAGCUGGAGGACACACACCAGGAAACCAAAGUCACUGAGUUCAACCUGAAAAAGCCCCGAGCUGAAGACGCAGGAGAGUACAUGUGUGUGUUCACCUUCACGUCGGCGCCCCCGGCCAACGCCACCAUCGAGAUCAAAGCUGCUCCGGACAUCACUGGGCACAAGCGCAGUGAGAACAAGAAUGAAGGCCAGAAGGCCGUGCUGUACUGCAAAUCAGUGGGCUACCCCCACCCCAUGUGGACCUGGCGCAAGCUGGACAACGACCUGCCCAUGGACAUAGAUAACACCUCUGGGCGCUUCUUCAUCAGUAACAAGGACAACUACACGGAGUUGAGCAUCCUGAAUCUGGACAUCAGCCUGGACCCUGGGGAGUACCAGUGCAACGCCACCAACUCCAUUGGCACCGUUACCAUGACGUCGGUGCUGCGCGUGCGUAGCUACCUCGCCCCCCUGUGGCCGCUGCUGGGAGUGCUGGCCGAGAUCAUCGUGCUCGUGCUGAUCAUCGUCAUCUACGAGAAGCGCAAGAAGCCCGACGACGUGCAAGACGAUGAUGAGCCAGCGGGGCCAAUGAAAACCAACUCCACUAAUAAUCACAAAGACAAGAACCUGCGCCAGAGAAACACCAACUAAGACGACCGCAGCCACCACCCAGACGAACACACUCAUGACAUGACCAUGACCUUUGAGCGUAACCUAAGACUGCGUUCUUCUCAUCGUAAAGCAUAUCUGAGGCGGAGGGGGAGACGGAGGCCAAUAAACGGACGACAGGCAUGCCUUAUGACCUAUGACCCCGGGAGAGAGGAGGCGGACCGAGAGGCCAGGGGUGGACACCACUGAUUACCCUUUUUCCUUUGCUGCAUGAUUGUGUUGCUUUUUAUUUGAUAUGUUUUCUUAUCUACAAUUGUUUUCCAUUUCUCUAAAUAUGAGUAUUGCAUGCAAGAUAGUGACUUACUGUUUGCUACAGACGAGGCUUUCUUUGGGUAGGUAGUGUCUGUCGGGCUGGUUUCAUGUAGAUGAUAUUUACUUUGUGUGUGACCCUUCAACUUUAAUACAUUGUAAGGGAUAAUAUGACAUGACCAUGUUUGGGUAUGACAGUUUUUGUACAGUUUACCAUUGCAUUGCAUACCAUUUCUGGAGACAUUCAAGGUUUUCUCAGUUAAUUUAAGUUAGGGGCUUUAUUUCAAAAGGGCUUUGUCAUGUCCUCACUAGUUGUUUUCUACUUAUGACUGUAUGUAUGUACUCGAUCACUGAAGGUAAACAAUAGUAUUUGAAUGUUCCUGAUUUGGUGCACUUAAGUGUUAAGAAAAAUGGUGGAGCACCUGCAGAACUUAAUUUUAUAAUUCCAUGACUUCUGUCCUAAACGUGACUGAUUGCUUUUUAUCAAUGUGUAUUGUACAGCAUGGCUUUAUUCUAUGCAAUAUUUAUUCAUAUAAUAUACACAUAUAUAUUAAUAUAUCCAGAUAGAUAGAUAGAUAGAUAGAUAGAUAUGUUUAUCAGACAUUAAGGCGUGAUUUAUUUUUGGCCGCAGUGAAGCUUUAAGACCAUGUAGACGCCCCAGACUCAUCGAUUACUGAUCGCCGUUCACCAAUGCAUGACGUCCAUAUGAAGUACUGCUAGCGGACGAGCACCUGGAGUGCAGUGACGAAGCUCUUGGCGUGUUGUGAGACGACUCCAAGUCAUUUUUACUAAUAAAGACUCCACAUGUGA